GUCUCUUUCUGUUUCGUAUUGCGUCGGGUAUUGGUCGGUUCGGGUUUCCUUUGGGAAUUAUUUCGGUGAUAUUUUAUCAAAAGUUUGUUGUGCCAUGUAAUAUGUAUAAUGUUCUUCGCAGCUUAACAGUCUCUAGCACCUCAUAUUUUGUAAGAAACGUCAAAUAUUCGCUUUGUUAGGCGGAGUUCCCCGUCCUUUUCUACAAGGUCAAAACGGUGCUAACAAGAACUGGAAGAAUGAUCUUUUCAUAAGUAUAAUAAGUGGUUUCUGCAAGGUAGAGCCAUCACAAGUUAUAGGUCCCACACCUAAACACUGACAAUGGCCAAGAGAGGGGCCGACGAGGGGGUAGGCGGGGAACCGCCCCCCAAGAAGGUGCAGUUCGAGCAGAUCAAGAUCGGACCUGUCUCCACUCUCGAAGAAAUCGACAUGAAGACUCUGCACUUCCAAAACAAAAAGCUGGCCGAGCGUCUGAAGCGGCACCACCGGGCCGACCAGGAGCUCCGGGGCAGGAUCGACCAGCUGGAGAAGCGCCAGAUCCAGGACGACGCCGUACUCAACAUCAUCAACCGCUACUGGAACCAGCUCAACGAGGACAUGCGCGUGCUGCUGCAGCGCUUCGACGCCGAGACCAGUGACGAGUUCGAGAGCAAAAAUGAGAGCGAGGCGACCACCUCGUUCCUGACGCAGCUGUCCACGUGGGACAAGCAGGAGCUGGACGAAAAGCUGGCCAGACGUGUUCAGGUCUCCAAGCGCGCCGUCGCCAAGAUCCUGCAGGCGUUUGACCGCGUGGUGCAGCGCAAUGAGAAAAUUACACUGGCGCUGAAGGGCGAGGCGGCCGCCGAAAACGAGGACCCGCCGAACCUGGACGAGGAGAUUCGAGAGAUGAACCUCACCCUGCAGAAGGAGAACGCCAGUUUGCACGCGCUCAACACGGCACUGCACGAGAAGCACCACACCAUGUCACUAAAGACCGCCGAGCUGCAGGAGCGGCUCACAGCCCUCCAGACGGAGAAGGACGAACUCGGCAAUCGACACGACGACCUACUCUACGAGUGGGAGAAGACGCGCAACUAUAACGAGAAGCUGGAGACCCACCUGGCUGAGGCGUCCGAAAAGCUGAAGUACUUUGAGCAGCAGGUGGAGGAUCUGCGGCCCGACGAUGCCCAGAAGAGCUCCGGUCUGGGCAGCUCCCGGAAACCGGAAAAGUCCUACAAGGUGACCGGCUCCGUGCAGAAAAUGAUCGAGGAGAUAAACCUGGACCUGGAGGAGCAGCGAGAGCUGGCCACCAAGCGGCUUCAGGAGCUCGAGGACCUCCACCGCAAACACAAGGACGUGCUCAAAGAGGCCGAAAAACUCAAAAUGGACCUGCGCCAGCUGCCCGAGUCAGUGAUCGUGGAGACGCCCGAGUACAAGUGCCUGCAGUCGCAGUUCUCGGUGCUCUACAACGAGUGGCGUCAGCUGCGCACACAGCUGGAGGAGGCCAAGCAGCAGCAGCAGUCGUGCACCAGCGCCCACCUGCGACAGAUCGAACAGAUGGAGAGUGAAGAGCUCCUCUCUCAGAGGAAGCUCCGCACCAAGGAAAUCCAACAGGAGGACGAGCUGGCGCGAGUGAGGAAGGAGUACGAGAUGCUGCGCAUCGAGUUCGAACAGAACCUGGCCGCCAACGAGCAGACGGGCCCGAUCAACCGUGAGAUGAGACACCUCAUCACCAGUCUGCAGAACCACAACCAGCAGCUCAAGGGCGAGGUGCAGCGCUACCGCAGAAAGUACAAGGAGACCAACAUCGAACUCAUCAAGGUUCGCCGUGAGGUGGAGGAGCUGAACCAGGAGAAGUACCGUCGCACCUCGGAGCGUCAGGACUCGACCUCGUCCGACCGAGAUGUUAAGGAGGAGCACCCGCAGCAGGCGCACGACGCUGCCGUGAAGGAGGAGGCCGACGUCAAGAAAGAGGACGGAGACGGAGAACAGGGCGGCUCUCAGUCGGCAGAGGCGUCCGGCUCCGGUGACACCGAGGACACCAAGAAGGACAUCAAAAAGGAGACCUGUACACCCAUCAAAAAGGAGCAGCACAAACACAGAGAGCUCUCCAAACAGGAGCAGGACAUGAUCCGCGACCUCAAGUCGCAGCUCAAGAAGGCGCUGAACGACCAGAAGGAGAUGAAGUUAUUGCUGGACAUGUACAAAGGCGUGGGGAAGGAGCAGCGGGACAAGGUGCAGCUGAUGGCGGCCGACAAGAAGGCACGUCAGGAGUGUGACGACCUGCGGAUGCAGCUCAAACGCUUCCAGGAGGCAAAGCGGGAGGAACGGAAGAAACUAGCCGACGAGGACGCCAUUCGCAAGAUCCGUCUGCUGGAGGAGCACAACCACACGCUACAGAAGCAGAUCCACAACCAGAAACAGGAGGCUGAGGCUCUGCUCAGCGAAAUGGAAGUCACCGGUCAGGCCUUCGAGGACAUGCAGGACCAGAACAUCCGGCUCAUCCAGCAGCUGCGAGAGAAGGACGACGCCAACUUCAAGCUGAUGUCGGAGCGCAUCAAGGCCAACCAGACGCACAAGCUCGUUCUGGAAGAGAAGGAUAUGAUGAGCGAGAGGGUGAAGACGCUGACCACGCAGGUGGAGGCGCAGAACCAGGUGGUACGCAGUCUGGAGGAGAUGGAGCGACACAUGCAGAGCGACCUGGCCAACGUCAAAAAGGAGCUCGGCUUCCGACAACAGGCCAUGGAGAUGCACAAACGAAAGGCUAUCGAGUCGGCACAGGCCGCCGCCGAUCUCAAACUUCAUCUCGAGAAGUACCACGCGCAGAUGACCGAGGCGCAACAGGUGGUGGCCGAGAAAACCUCCUCGAUGGAGCAGGAGACGUUCAAGACGCGCCGGCUUCAGGAGGAGCUGGCGGCGCUCCGGCGAAAACUCGAACGGGCCAAGAAGAUCGAGCUGGCCGGUGCCGCGGACGAUGUUCUCAUGGAGGAGGUCCGCGAGUACAAGGAGCAGCUGACGUGUCCAUCGUGCAAGGUGAAGCGGAAGGAUGCCGUGCUCACCAAGUGCUUCCACGUCUUCUGCUUCAGCUGUCUGCGCACACGCUACGAGACACGACAGCGCAAGUGUCCCAAGUGUAAUGCUGCGUUCGGUGCCAAUGACUAUCACAGGUUGUAUCUGGCUUAGGUGUGACUGUGAGCGAUUGUGAGUGUUGUUGUGUGAGUUUAUGUGCGUUGCUGUGGUGUGUGAGUAGGUGUGGCUGUCAUAGGAUGUGAUCGUAUGUGUGUCUUUGUACGAUUGUUUCUGUCAUCGUGGACAAUCGCGGACAGGCGGUACUCGGGGAGACUCUGCUCUGAUCUUUCGACUGGGAUGGUUUGAGUUACAUAUGAGAACGAGUGAGUGAGUGAGCAGGGCGAGUGUGUCUGUGUUUAGCGGCCUGGUUGUGACGUGUGAUUGUGACGUGUGACGGCCCCUGUCGGUUGGAUUGCCGUCUGAAAGUGUGACGAGUCGGGCGCUCCUCUGCGGUGGUGCGCCGUCCGUCUGUGUCCCUCCCUAUUGCGUUCCGCCCCUCCCCGGCCCGGCAGUCGUCUGGUCCGGGCCUGUCUAUUGUAUUGUAUAGGGCGGUCGGAUCUCCGCCGCCGCCGGCUCCCAGCGGUGGGAUCAGCUCUCCGCCGCCGCAGCUGACGUAAAAUACCGCCCGGCUGGUCACACUUGCUGUCCGCUGGUUAAUCAAGGGACCCUUCUUUCCAGCCGACCGUUGUGCUAUGGACAGCGGCGGCCUCGUGUAGCGCUAUCCGCGACGUACUUAGGCUUGCUGUAAUUGCCGGUCGUAGAGGUGCAUUUUCCCCCAGCGGGGUUUAUUCAGUGGACUGGAGAGGCGCCGCACUCUGCGGCCGACCUGAGAUGGCAUUUCUGAUUAUUGUUCCGGUCUGGUGUGGUGCCGUGCGCGCAGUUGUUUGUGUACAGACGUCGGGCCGACCGGUCCCGGGCUAUAUUUGUGUACAGACUAGAUUUGACGGCCCGCCGGCGCCUGUCGGCUGCUGAGACGGUGCGGGGGCUCGGCCACGGCGGCGUCUCGGCGGCUGACCGUCGUUGGCGGGCUGUCCGUGCUCUCGGCGUUCACGGCAGCCCGCGUGAACCGCUGAGUGUUAGACGGCUCGCCGGCCCGGCGCGGCAGGCGCCGCCACUUCAACUGUCUCGUCCGUGUCAUUAGCUAUGCCCGGGAAGGGCUCGUCGUGUUUUCUUCUCUGACGGUUUGGUACUUUGCGCGCGGCGCUCGCUCGCUCGCUCGCCGGGUAUUUUUCCAUAGGCAGUCCGUGUAUCGAGGGAUGGCUGUGUUGUAAUAUCAAACUGUCGGGCCGCCGCGGCCGCCAUGCGGCGCGCGCACGCAGCUCUCUGCAAUCUGCAUGUCUCCGUGGUCCUCGUGUCGAUGUGACGUGACGCCGUCGGGCCGUCACGCUGAUGUAAUCAGUACCGCGACCAAUAAACGCCUGCGAUGUGA